UACAAAUUAUCGCUAAAAUUAACAAUCUUUAACACAGACAAAGAAUUAGGAGAACAAAAAUUGCUGUGGGGAGAUUAUGCGCUAUUCUUUCCGCAUUUAUAACGCAAGAAAAAGAGAGAGCACAUUACUGUAGCGCGAUGUAUCGGACCAAAAUUUGAUUGGCUGUCAUAUUCUUCGGCCGCCAUUAUGCGCAGAGCUACACUUGUCUUCCUACAUCAUGGCGCAUACAAAUUGCAGUCGUCCCGUAGGCGUCAUCAUGGUGUGUGGGUCGCAGAGUUUCUGAAGGGUGAAGCCGAGGGGAGUUUGUUUUGAAUCGAUAACGACGCGGACAAAUCGCUCGGCUGCGGUCAAUUAUGGUGACUCGCCCGGCUGCCAGGCACGCCGAAUUCGUCCUACGACGCCACGGCGACGAUGCGGCCACGCAGCGGUGAGCGUUGUCGCGCGACCGUUUAAGCCCGAUCGGCGGACUCUCUGGUACGCGGUGCGGCGGUGUGCGUGUGGCGUGUGUGUAUGUGUGCGCGUGCGUGUGCGUGCGUAUUGUGCGCGAUGUCGAGGUGCUCGGUGGAGCAUCAUCGCCUCGCGCGACGACCCGAGCGAGGAUGGAGCGCCGCCGCUUCGUUUCUGCUGGUCGCGUGUUCGCUCGCGCUGAGCAUGUCGCCGAUCCGCGCCGAGCUGAUCGACGACGAUACGAACCGCUGCCCGGUCGAGUGCUCCUGCUUGGGCAACCUGGUCGCCUGCAGCGAGCUGCAGUUGAUCGAGGCACCUAGUGGACUGCCACCGUGGACCGAGAUCCUAGAAUUGAAGGACAACAAUAUUGCUAACUUGGAAUUUGAUUCGUUGCUUCAUUUAACAAAACUAAAAAAAUUAGAUGUAAGUGCUAAUAAACUCGGGGAUAAUUUUACCAUUGCCUUGUCAGACGUUGCACAAUUACGCGAACUUAAAGUGAAUAAAAAUCACUUGACACAAGUGCCAGAACUUGUAUUUGUUAAGAAUAUUACGCAUCUUACGCUAUCCCACAACUUAAUUACUAGUAUAAAUGGGACUGCAUUGUUUAGUUUACAACAGCUUCAAUACCUGGAUCUCAGUGGGAACAAAAUAAGUGUCCUUCGAAGGGGUUCCUUCCUCGCUCCUAAUCGACUUACACAUUUGAAUUUAAAUGCAAAUCACAUAAGAAUCAUCGAAAAUGGAAGUUUGGAUAAUCUUACUUCAUUGGAGGAACUCCGUUUAAACAAAAACAAUUUGACACAGAUGAAAGAUCUCUUCAUGAAUCUGGGAAAAUUGCGAAUAUUGGAGGUGAAUAGAAAUAAUCUACAACAGAUACAUGGAUUAAGUUUGAAAAGUUUGAAGAGCUUAAAGGAAUUAUAUCUAAAGAGAAACAGAAUUGAUACAUUAGACGAUGGAGCUUUCUGGCCACUUAAAAAUUUAGAGCUUCUACAGCUCGACUUUAAUAUGUUGACUACUAUAAAGAAGGGAGGUUUGUUCGGUUUAGAACAUUUGCAAAAGCUGACUCUGUCACACAAUCGGAUCUCAACGAUCGAACCUCAAGCAUGGGAUAUAUGCAGAGAGAUAGUGGAGCUAGACCUGUCACAUAAUGAAUUGACCUCUAUAGACCGGGGUGCGUUCGAAUAUCUCACGAAGCUCGAGAAGCUUAAGCUGGAUCAUAAUCAAAUCGCAUACGUCUCAGAUGGAGCGUUCAAUUUUACGACAAACCUUCGUAUCUUGGAACUUAAUUCGAACAAGAUAUCCUAUAUGGUAGAAGAUAUUAGCGGCGCAUUUUCUCCGCUCGGUCAGUUGUGGAAAUUGGGCUUAGCGCACAAUAGAAUAAAAUCGAUAAAUCAAAACGCUUUCACUGGUCUGAGUGGCGUUGUCGAGCUUGAUUUAAUCGGAAACAAUGUUACGUCCAUUCAAGAAAAUGCGUUCCUUUCAAUGUCUAGUCUAAGCAAACUUAAGAUGAACACCGGAGCUUUGGUUUGCGACUGUGGACUUCAAUGGCUAAGCAUGUGGUUGCGAGAACAUUCUUACAGCGAAGCUGAACUACACUGCGGCUAUCCGCAUUGGUUGCAGGGCAUGUCGUUGACUCAAUUACAUCAUGCAAACUUUACUUGCGAUGAGUAUCCAAAACCACGGAUUAUUCAAGAACCUGUGAGCAAAAUGAGCAUCAAAGGAGACAAUGUGAAACUGGGUUGUCGUGCGACCAGCACCGCCGACACACCGCUCCAUUUUACCUGGAAGCAUGACAAUGUGGAGUUGGACGACACAAACCUGCAGACCAAUCUCAGUUCCUCCGAGAGUGGAGUAACCGAGGCAACAUCCGUCUUGUACCUUACUAAUGUUACCCAUGCUAACGCAGGAAAAUAUCAGUGCAUGGUAACGAACACUUAUGGAACAACAUACUCAGCCAAAGCCAGACUAAGCGUAUUAGUUUACCCAUCGUUCUCCAAAAUUCCGCAUGAUAUACGAGUGAAUGCUGGAAGCACUGCACGUCUGGAGUGCUCUGCCGAGGGACAACCAUCCCCACAGAUAGCCUGGCAGAAGGAUGGUGGGAACGAUUUCCCAGCUGCGAGGGAAAGACGAAUGCAUAUGAUGCCGACAGACGAUGUAUUGUUCAUAAUAAACGUGAAAAUGGCCGAUAGCGGAGUUUACUCGUGCACCGCGCAGAAUCUGGCCGGUCUUAUCGUCGCAAACGCUACCCUCACCAUACUAGAAACACCGUCCUUCGUAAAACCGAUGGAGAACAAAGAAAUAACGGUGGGCGGCUCGAUCGUGCUCGAAUGCAUGGCCAGCGGCUCUCCACGUCCAAAAUUAUUAUGGCGAAAGAACGGUAGUCCGCUGCAAGCAACGGAACGUCAUUUCUUUACCGCGGGGGAUCAACUUUUGAUCAUCGUCAACACGAUUGCCAGUGACGAGGGUAGUUACGAGUGCGAGAUGAGUAAUUCCCUAGGCAGCGUCGUCGGCGCGUCGCAUCUUACGGUCAAGCCGGCCCCGAUUUCCACGGUGAACGAAUCCGAGAUACUGGGCUUGAUAAUAAUAACCGUGGUGUGUUGCGCUGUUAUUACUUCCGUGGUUUGGGUGCUCGUAAUUUAUAAAACCAGACGCCAGUUAAAUGUCACGCAAGACACCGUCGCGCAACCAACAACGACCGUUAUACUGACCGUACCGGAGGUACAAACGCAGCUGUACCUGGACACGAGUUCGCAGCACAGCAAGGACAGUGGGACCGGAGACAGCACGAAUCCCAGCAACGAUCAGCUACAAUUAUGCUUACCCGAAGAGGUCGUGACAAGCUCUGCCAAUAACGAGGAAGAAAUGGGAACAAUAAACGUCAACGAUCCUCUCUUGCGUUACACGAACCACGAGCGACAUGUGAGUGAGAAUGCCGAUAGCGCGGUCUGAAAGAAAAACACGCGAGCCGACGCGUGAGUAAGCGGAGUUAACGCGUGUGGUAUUUCCGCAGUGUGAGUAUUCGUGAUCGCGACUUAUCUUCAAAUCAGGAUAUAAAUAUUCUGCAAGUCGUGUACGAGCCGUAGUAUUAUGAGGAGCAGGGAAUUACCGAGUCCCACUGUCUAAAAAAGUGACCUACAGUGAACGUUGAUCCGCGCGACAGUCCAAUGUACAACGGGGUAUUCGUUAUUGCCGUAAGAAUGGAUCAGCGAGUCACGGCACAAGUACAACAUAAGAAACGAUAGCGAAACACUUAUACCGUCAUCGUCAUCGUAUUUAUUAUUGACGCGACUCUCGUUAAGUCGAUAUAGGAACGAUGUGUAAAUAGCUAGACUAAAAUCCCCUAUUAUAAAACUAGUAUUAUUACAGCGCGCGUCGCUCAUUCGGCGUCUCUGAGAAAUGCUCGCACAUCUCUAUCUUUCGGAUAAUUUUUGGACACACGCGGUAUCCAGACGAGAAUGAAAAUCUGUCGUAGAUUUUAUUAUUAUUUCCCUGUUUUCUAUUUUAUUUUAUUCUUGUAUUUUUUUCCGGUAUCUUUCUCGAUACUGUUAUGUUUACUCUAUUCAGAAUUAUAAUUCUUUGAAUUACAAUAUAUAUAAUCCAUAUCUAAAAUAUAUGUAAAUGUUUGAGCAAGCUCCGCUUAGUUCACUUGCUAAGCGUAUUACAAAGCCGUUUACAUCAAUUACAUUGUUAAAUUCGCUGAAACAUGCAUUCACUGACCACAUAGCGUGUAUUCGAGUAACAUUUAUCGAUUAAUUGUACAAGUAUUUCCCGAACGUAGCCAUUGCGACGCGCGCGAGGAUAUUGCUAUAAGCUCUAAAAGCCACAUAUAUUAGACCAGCCUUUGUGAUAGAUAUUUAUUCUAGAGUUAUAUAUUGCGUAGGCGGCUAUUUAUGGAUUUAUGCAGAGGAGGAAAUAUGAGAAUAGAGAAAUGUCAUUUUAUUCUGGAAAAAAACGCAAUUGCUAACGGGUGGAUGUAUAUUUAUGCACCAAAGCGUUGAUUUUAGGUACUUUGUUUACCCUCGUCGCAGUCGCACGCGACGCCAAACCGCUAUAUUUUGAAUUAAUUUAAUUCAUUUACUUGAUCAAAAUGUUGCUCACUACUAAUAGAUACAUUGUGUUCCAGAUAUGUAGGACCUUUAGCUUUCGUAGGCAUUUUCGUUAGUAUUAAUAUCAAUUAAGUUGAAACGCAUACGACAUGAGACUUUACGGAUAAUCUUCCAUAUACUAUUACGUAGUUUAUGUUGUUUUCAGGAUUUGAGUAGCGUUUGUUGGGGGGGUCUCAAGGUUCUUCAAUAUAUUACGGAAGGUGUAAAAAUUUAUUUCCGUUUUCCGCCGUUUCUAUAUUUGCGUACUGAAGUCUGUAUGAUUGCGAAACAUUUGGAAAUUGGACGGGAGCUUCUAUUUUAUGACAAUGUAAAAACGUAAUUUUUCUUAUCGAUGUUAUUGCAGUGUCUCAUUUUAUUUCGUUACUUGGUCUAAAAUAUUCGAAUAUAUAUAUUGAUGCGUCGUUAUGAGAUAAAAUUAUGUAGUAUAUUUAAUAUUAUAGCUUUCUCGUAGUAUAUUUGUGACAGAGUUUUUACUUAUAAAUAUUUCGAUUAAUUCGAUAUGUAUGUUCUAAAUUUAUAAGUAAGAAAAUUUUUGAAGAUGCUCUUAAAAAAAAGCGGUGGCAAAAAAAGAGAGAAUAUUGUUUAAUAAAAAAUUCGUUCGAACGCGAUAAUGCGAAAGUGAUUACUAUGAAAGUAAAAAAUUUAAACUGCCUUUACAGUACCAGACGAAUAUUAUUGGGAAAAAAACAUUCGCGAUAUAUAUAAUCCAUAUAUUUUUCUAUGACCUAUAUAUUGCAAAGGAAGAAUUGAAAAAUCGUAUGAAAUUCGCACAAGACGAAGAGCCAGUACUACUACUACUACUUAAUCAAUCGUAAACUCGCGCGACUCCUUCCACGAGUUCUUACUCCUUAUUUACGCAAGUGUCUGAUACGCGCAGAGUAUAAUGUGCUCAUUACAAGUAAAAUUCAAGUAUUGUAUAAAGUAAAAAUAGUCUGUAAUAUUCCACUUAUUUGUGUAACUCGUAAUUGUAUAUGUUUAAACGAUAUGCGAGAGCAGUUUCGAAUAGACCGGGAGGAAAAACCGAGAACAUAUAUAGUUUCAUUAAUAUAGUCUGUGUAGAGUUUUUUUUCUCCUUACUGGUAACGAGUAUUAAAUUAUAUAGUCAACAAAGAGAGAGAAAGAUGCUCUAUUGCGACAUGGUUUUUUUUUUGGCUUGCGCCCGUGUGAUACACCAAAUAAGGCAUCUGUUUCUCAUUCAGUAUUUUCCUUGUUGUUAUAUAGUAUUGUGUACAAAUACAAGUAAUCAUCUACAAUGUA